AUGACUCACAGCAAUAUAACCAAUGGCUUUAGGGCUACUGGUUUAUUUCCUCUUAAUUCCCAGGCGAUUCCAGAAACAGCGUUUGCACCAUCUAUAUUGUCAGCUGUAGCUCAACCAGCAGUCGAGGCUGUAGCCAAUGAGAAUGUGCUUAAUCCCUCUUCCAAAGCAUCAAGUUCAAGAAAAAUGCCACGAACAACUGAAGGUCGUCAUAUCCAAAAAGAAGCUAAAUGGUCUGAUGAGGAUGAGGUGCCUCUUGCAAAACUUAAGAACAAGUUAAAUGAGGCAGCCAAAUAUCACCAACCGUCAACAUCUAGACAAGCAGCUGAAAGGACGCCCAGCAAGUUUUCUAACGAAGCCCGUUCAUCUUCCUCGAAAAAUAUUGGAGAUGGGAAGAAACAUUUUUAUUCACUGGUCUCUUCGUCGGAUUCUUCUGAAGGCAAAGCUGAUGAAGUGGAUGAAACUACUUUAGACACUUCUUUCCAUGAACUCUUGCCAACUCCAAUAAAUCAAACUGAAAAGGCACACCCAAUUAAAAAAAAGCAAUAA